AAAAUUCAUAAUCCUGCAAGAAAAAAUAAGAUCAGUCUCACGUCAUAAUUACAAACAGUAACUAUAGUAACUCGCGCAUAAUGCUGCCAGCUACGUUUCUGAAGAAAAGUCACAUUUAGUUUCAGGUGAGUUUUGUGGUGAAUGGGAGCACAAAAUAUCUCUGUUAAAAACCUUUAAAUAACGUUUAGGAUGAAAUUGUACUCAUUCCACUACUCAUUGCGUGCCACAGACAGACAGUCGUUGGCGUGAGUCUGACAUUCAGUUCGUGCUUUCAGUCAGCAUCGCGUGCCAGUGCGCUUUAAAACGCUUUCAUGAGGAACGGGUUCUUUAUUUGAGCAAAAGUGAAGCUGGAGGGGCAGACUGAAGAGAAGUGUCUUUUAAUAAUGUCCUUGUGGAUGAACAUGCUGCUGUACGGCUCUCUGGUUAUGAGGAGGAAGAGGAAGAUGAUGAAGCUUAAGACUGGAUCAUAUGUGAGUCUGCUUCAGAAACAACCGUCAAAUGACGCAAGAUAACAGAACAGCAUUUGAAGAGAGACCCAACGUCACAUAUGAGGACAAUGACUCCGAGGAUUUUCAUACUCAAAAUUUUUUCAGUCACUGUCAUGAGAAGAUGUUGAAGGAUUAUGGUAGAAAUUGCUCGCAGAAUUUCAGUGAAAUCAUGAGUGAACUUGGAGAGGAGAACUGGUGUAAUAUGGAGAUGGUGAUAAGACACUACAACAGUUUGACUGUGUGUAUGGAGUCAGGAUCCAUUGAGUCAGGUUGCUUUUACCCUAAUCAUGUGGUGGAGCAGCUGUUUGUGAGGAUACACCCGCAGUACUUCAGCCUUUGCAGCAAUGAAGAGGAUUUACUCGACGCCCCGGCUGGAGUCGUGCUUGUAGCCACACUGCUGCCUAUCCUCCUCAUACCCUUCAUAGUGUACAUUGUGGUCUGGAAGAGUAGUUUAAGGGACUGAAUGCUUUUUUAUUAUCUUAGAAAGUGAUAAAAACUCUUUACUCACCCUCAUGUCAUUCCAAUCCUGUGUUACUUUCAUUCUUCUAAAGAAUGAAGUUGUUGUUUGGACAUAAAUAUCUUCUCAUUUUGCAGAGCAAUGAAAAGGAUUGGAAUGAAUUGAGGGUAAAUAAAUAAAGACUCAGUUUUUAAAAUAAGACCCAGCUUUAAAGUAAACUUUGAAUGUAUACAGUUCAUGUUGUUUACAAUGAUGUAAUUAUUGUAAAUAAAAUACACGCAAUGUGUGAUUUUUCUGCACACUUAUAACUAAGAGUAAAAGAGUCUGAUAUAAUGUAUGAAUGUAUGAUU